UGACAAGGCAGAGUCAGGCAGAGUCUGCACUCCAGCUUUGCGUUCAGUUAGGCACAGACGCCCUAAGCCCCUCUCUCCCGCUCUCUCCUUGGUUUUCAUUUGGACGUUUUGUUGGUGCAGUAAUAAGCAGCCAUGGAUGCCAUCAAGAAGAAGAUGCAGAUGCUCAAGCUCGACAAGGAGAAUGCCUUGGACAGAGCUGAGCAGGCCGAGUCAGACAAGAAAGCAGCUGAGGACAGAAGCAAACAGUUAGAGGACGAAAUAAGAGAGAUGGAAAAGAAAUUGCGUGUUACUGAAGACGAAAGAGAUAAAGUGUUUGAGGAGUUCCAAACUGCUGAGGAAAAACUUCUGACUGCUGAGGAAGUCGCCACCAAGGCUGAGGGAGAUGUCGCUUCCCUUAACAGACGUAUCCAGCUGGUUGAGGAGGAGUUGGAUCGUGCUCAGGAGCGUCUUGCCACAGCUCUGACCAAGCUGGAGGAGGCUGAGAAGGCCGCAGAUGAGAGCGAGAGAGGCAUGAAGGUCAUUGAGAACAGGGCCAUGAAGGACGAGGAGAAGAUGGAGCUGCAGGAGAUCCAGCUCAAAGAGGCCAAACACAUCGCUGAGGAGGCUGACCGCAAAUAUGAGGAGGUCGCCCGUAAGCUGGUCAUCAUUGAGGGUGAUCUUGAGCGUACAGAGGAGCGCGCUGAGCUGUCAGAAGGCAAAUGCUCUGAGCUUGAGGAAGAGUUGAAAACUGUGACCAACAACCUGAAGUCACUGGAGGCCCAGGCUGAGAAGUACUCACAGAAGGAGGACAAGUAUGAGGAGGAGAUCAAGGUCCUCACUGAUAAGCUGAAGGAGGCUGAGACUCGUGCUGAGUUCGCUGAGAGAUCAGUAGCCAAGCUUGAGAAGACCAUUGAUGACUUGGAAGAUGAGUUGUAUGCCCAGAAACUGAAGUACAAGGCCAUCAGCGAGGAGCUGGACCACGCCCUCAACGACAUGACUUCCAUAUCACCUCUACCGGCAACUCGAGAAAAACCGCCUACUCAAUAAUGAACUGCGUGUGGCCUUGAAUGAGGACUAACUUGUGUGAAUGUUGAAUCUGUUUGUCUGUUUUUAACAUGUGUGAGACAAUCUGAUCCAGUGUAAGAUCCAAAGCUCCUCCGUUUGCAUUGUCCGUGUACGAUGCCUGCACUGCCUGAAAUUUGUGUUGCUGUUGGUGGACGUGUAUUUAAAACAGUGAAAAUCAGGGAUUAUCUUGAAUAUUUCAUUUUCAAGUCUUAGUUUAGCAUCAUAACAUCAAUACUGUAAUAUAACAUUACUUAAUAAUCAUUUUUUGUAGGUUGUUGUUCUGUUUAUGUAUGUCAGUGUUGUAGAUUUGCAUGGUUGCUUGCAUAUCAUAAUAUGAGCUUGUUCAUUCAGUGUGUUUCUCUUGUUUUCUGUCAGUGCUGUGUAGCUCCGGUUUAAAAAAAAAACACUCAGAUGUAACAACUGAGCUGAAUGAUGUAGCAGGCUUGAUUAUUAAUGCAAGCUAACCACCUGACUCACUUGUGCUGGCCUGUGUGAGAUUAAAAUGUCUUCAUUUGAUGCCCUAACAGAGAAACUGUCACAUGCUAAAGAAGAGAACCUCGAUAUGCACCAGAUGCUGGACCAGACUCUAAUGGAACUGAAUAAUUUGUGAAAGCACAGGCUGACCCCACACACACUGUGGUUUUUGGCUUUUUGUACUUGCACCUUGCUUACCGUAAACCCCUCUUCUCGUACCUUGUCAAUGGUGGAGAAUAAACAGCCAGAUGCUAUUCUUAUUGCACCGUCCUGCCUUCAGCGGAACUCAACCAAGGAGCAAAGCUAAGAGGAAGCAAAGCUUAACCAUUCCCUUUGUUGAAGCUUAAACUGAGAAACACAAUUGUUUGUGCAAGCCAGUUUUCAUGUCUGCCUUUUGCAAUCCUUGAGAUGUUUUUUUUUUGUUUGUUUUUUGCAUUUUUUUUUUUUUUACAAGUCAUCUGGUGAAAUAACGUGCCACUGGUUACAAAAAUUGUUUUCUACAUCUGUACUGAAGCUGAUCUGGUACUUUUCCAUUCCACCUUGAUUAUGCACAUACCAAAGGACAAAGUGGAGAAAUUUUGCACUUAGAAAAACCUCAUCAUUAUGCAUAUUUACAAACUAUGUUUAAAAAAAUACACAUUAGACUCCCUACCCCAAUUUAAAAAAAAUCACAAGUCUAAGUAUACAUUGGCUAUGCCUGUCAGUGUGUAUACUGGUGCUACUGUAUUGUUGAGCAGUGAAGAAGAUGCUAACUCCUUACAGUAUGUUCUUUCUAAUUUUGUUUAAAAUCAUGGUACAAAAUUUUUUCAUCUUGUCUGUGGAGUAUGUUUUCUGUCAACUGGUCGUGCAUUGUUUUAGCAUUGUUUUAAUGUAGAUGUUUCAAGUGUUUAUCAUAACUGAAAUGUACAAAUUAUGAAUAUAAAUAAAAGCACGUUUUGAAAGUUU